AUGGCAAAGAAGGAACAAGUAAUUGAAAAAGGGUUUGCCUAUGUUCGAAAUGCCAAGAUCGAAUACAAGUUUGGAGCUCACGUGACCACAAGUAAAGGAAUCUUCAAUUCUGUAGGCCAUGCGAUGGACAUUGGAGCGAAUUCGUUUGCCAUGUUUCUCAAGAGCCCUAGAAGAUGGGUGUCUCCUGCUCUUAGUGAUAAUGAUGCUGCAAGAUUCAAAGAAAUGUGCCAAAAAUAUAAUUUCAAUCCGAGGACGGACGUGCUACCUCAUGGAUCAUACUUCAUCAACCUGGCCAACCCUGACAUCACUAAAAACAAGCAGUCGUUGGAUUGUUUUAUAGAUGAUUUACAGAGAUGCGAAAAGCUUGAUAUCGGACUUUAUAACUUUCACCCCGGCUCGUCUCUUGGCUCUGAUCACCAAGAAUCUCUUGAAAGAUUAGCCACUAACAUCAAUACAGCCAUAGAGAAGACUAAAUUCGUCAGAAUUGUGGUAGAAAAUAUGGCUGGACAUGGAAAUUUGGUUGGUUCGACGCUUGAUGACCUUGCAGAGGUAUUGAAGCAGGUGAAAAAUAAGGAAAGACUUGGAUUUUGUAUAGAUACCUGCCAUACUUUUGCUGCAGGAUAUGAUAUUCGGGAUGAGAAAGGCUGGAAGAAGUUUUGGGAUGAAUUCGAUGAGAAGGUAGGCUUUGAACAUUUAGCGUCUUUGCAUUUGAACGACUCGAAAGCUCCUUUAGGUGCAAAUAGGGACCUCCAUCAACGUAUUGGAUGGGGAUUCUUAGGUCUAGAGUGUUUCAGACUCCUCGCUAACGACGAUAGAUUUAAAGGAAUUCCCCUAGUGCUAGAAGUUCCCGAUGGCGGUGAGAAAGUGACCCCUUAUGGCGAUGAUAUUAAAUUAUUGGAAUGGCUAAUAGGUAAAAAGAAGGACGAUUCAGAGGUGGUUGCAAAGACUAGUCAACUACAGAAGCUUGGAGAAAAUGAGAGAAAGGAACAGCAAACUAAAUAUGAGAAGAAACAGAAGAAAAGAAGAUCUUCCGGUGCAGAUAUAGCAUCUUUAAUGACGAAGAAGAGAAGGAAGAAAACCGCCUAA